CUCCUCCUAACCCUACCUUGAGCCCUCAUGACCCAUCUCCAAGCCACCGAACCCAUGCGCAAGCCCCCUGACCCCUGUGUCUGUGGGGCUGGGAAGGGGCUGCAGCUCCCCAGAGCCAGGUUGCCACCCAGCCCAUGGAUCCACCCUGUCCAGAUCCCUCUCUAGAUUCUUCCUGCCCUCCAGUAGAUCAAUAUUCCCGCCCAAUUUGGUGUCAUCAGGAAAGCUGGGGAACGGCUCUUGUUCAGGGAGUGCAGGGAAGGACGAGGGGAACAGUUUGGAGCUGAAAGAAGCACCCACACCAGAGCAAGGGAGGAAGAGCCAGGAGAUCUGGCUGUGAGGAUCUUGCAGUCACGGCAGGGUCUGCCAGCUCGUGGUGGGAUCAGCAUCAGCCCAAGUUCUUCCUCCAUUGGCUGUGGAACUGGAGCCGAGGGGUCCCAGAGCGCAGCCAGCAGUGCUGACACCCCCAGCAGGAGGUGGGAUAGGGUGUGGAACCCCUGUCCCACGCUGCCAUCCUCCCACGCAUUGCCAAAGAUUCUCCUCUUUUCCAUCUCGGGUGUGCUCAGCGCCUCCUGGAAUGACCCACAUGCAGGAUUUCGGACCUGACCCCUCCAGGUACGCAAACUUUCGACCUUUGGAGCUGCUCUGCGGCCAAGCCACAUGCGUAUGGCUGCGAUCAGACCUCAUGAAUGGAGCUCCAGGGACUCCCAGCCUUGCCUUGGCCUGGGAUUGGGGGUCCAGCCCCCCCGAGGUUGCCUGGAUCUGCUUCCCAUUGCCCCUGGGGUGAGCACUGGCUACCAGCCCCUUCCUCCCAGGAGGAGGAGGAUGGGAUUGUGUGUGAGCGUCCGUUCCAGCUCUUGAACAGCAGCCGGGUUCCUCUGGAGCGGAGGUCCCCAGGAGAGGGGCUCUGGCCUCGGGGCUCGGUGUUUUAUGGGGCUGCGGAUAGGACGCAGCUGGCUGCGGUCGUGACACACACACCUCCGCGGUGGCCAAAGCCACGCGCACCCCUCCCUCUUCCCUUGGCCGCCCCGAGCCAGUGCCGACAGGGCUGGAUACAGGCUGGGGGCAGGAGCCUGGCAGCCUUUGGGGGGCUCUGGCACCCCUCAACUUGCCGCUCUACUUCUCCCAGCAAACCCUGGGGGUGGGAGACCUUCAUUCCUUGGUGCCCCCUUUGUGCUCCCGGGCUCGGGGCCAUCUCCACGCACCGGUGGCUGCCAGCUCUCCCGGGAACCGCCAUUUCUGAGCACAUGGCGCGGUGCCCUCGCCCAGGCAGACAGACGGACACAGCUGGAAUCCUGGCAGGAGGGGACAGGCGCCCACCACCGGGCUCCAUGUCUGCUCGGUGUCCUGACCCACGGCUCCAAGGGUUUGGGGGUAAACCCCUCCCUGACGCCACACUUUCAGGUCUGUCCAAGUGCUCUGGGCACCAACCAGCUCCUCUUCUCUCCCUCAUUGGGUACUGGGGUCUGCGGAGGCGCCAGGAAGGAGGGCGAGUGGCCACCGGCUGUGGCGUGGCCGCAGGCGGGCAGACGGCGAGCUGCCCGACACAAAGGUCAGCAGUGGGAGGCAGAGCCGGCAGCGGCGCCGGCGGAGGGACCCGUGCCGUGACCAAGGUGAGGUCAGCUGCCCACGGUGCGGCCGGUGACGCGCUGCUUGAGGCCAAGGGGUGCACGGCCUCGCCCACACGAGGCCGGAGAAGGAGGAGGAUGCCUGACCUGCCUUGUGCCCCCAUAUCCUGGGGUUGGGGCUCAGCUUGGCACCACCUUUUGGCACAGGGCUCUCCGAGGCUGGGGAACCUGGGAGGCAGCCGGAGAGGAAGGCACCAGCUUGGAGUGGGGGGUUUUGUGCUCACUGUGGGCUCUUUGGGGGGCUACCAUGGUGCUGCUGGAUUGGGGUGCUUGUGCCACGUCUUCUGGCCGCCUUUUCCUCCUCCUCUUCUCUUCUCCCUCAGGUGUUGGCCCAGCAGGAGCCAUCCAGAACCCAAGAACAACCUUGGCGCUGCUUUUUGGGGAGGGGAUGGAGCAGGACUUGAUGGCCCUCGCGGGCUGGCAGCCAUUCCUGCAGCCCCGGCCGUGUUGCAGCCCCCCAGGGACGUGAAGACGGCUUUUCCCAACUGCUCCACGCUGCUGGCGAGGGCUGUUUGCUCGAGGAGGGGGGAAACCAGAUACCCUACGCAGCGGCUGGGGGAGCGGAGAAGCUGGCCGCACGCCGUGUGAGCAGCGAUGGAGGUGGGGAACCCCUUCGGAAUGCUGCCGGAGCCGAGCCGAGGUACCUUCCCUCCACAGAGCCACUCUCGCUGGCUCUCCCGGUGCAAGAACUUGGGCAGCCACGUCCCAACACCUCCGUGGCCCCUGGGGAGCCUUCCCCUCUCCGUGACUGAUGGCAUUGCCUUCCCCACCGUGAGCGAGCAGCGGCAUCAGAGAAUUCCCCAUGGUAACUGGGGGGAUCCAGAACCAUCCCGGAUCACAUCGAUUGGGUGCUUCCUCAUGGAUCCAACACCAAACCCAUGGCUCCCAAGCAAUAAAUCACCCCGGCACCGCCGCAGCACAUGGUUUAUCUGCACAGGGGGGGUCCCUAAACUCGCGCCUGGUGGGUUCAGCCUUGAGAGUCCCGGUGGAUUUGGGGAACUUGGAAUGCUCUGAGCAAGAGGAUGCGAUUGCUGCCAGCCGAGGAGCUGGGAGGGUUCAGACCUGGCCAGGGCCGGGAGCUGGAGUGGAAACGAAUCCGCCUUGUACCUCCUGGCGCUUCUGAACAGCAGCAGCGCCUUUGUUUUAAACAAAGCUUUUUCGGGGGAGCCAGCUUGGGCGAGGAUGUUCCCCUCGCUGCUGGGGGAGCCCCUCUGGCUUUCUUGGCCAGCAGUGAGGAUGCGGCUCUCGCCGGGCCAGCCCCGACUCGGGGAUGUGGGUCACGGGGGGGAAAGAAGGGGAGUCCAGCUGUCGGGUUCCCUCAAUCCUCUGCUGCGGGGGCUCAGGGGGGUUUGGCCCCACGCUUGGCCCCGAGGGGCUGCCCUCACUCCCAGAGGGCUUGGAAGAAGCACCAGGAGCAUCCCCGGAGCCCCCAGGGGCAGCGGGGUGGGCUCAUCCCCACGGGAGAGGCUCCUGGCGAAGGAAAGGGGCGCUCGUAUCCCGCAGGAGGGGCUCGGGGUCCUGGCCGGGACGGAGGGCUCCGGGAGAAGCUUCCCAGACCCGGCACGGAGGGGUUUGGGAGCUGGAGCCGCUCCCGGCCGCUCACCUGCCCCGUCCCGGGGUUCAGCCCAGCGGGGCGGCGGCUGUGCUCCCGGUCCCCGCAUUCCCGCUCCCGGCACUCCCUGUCCUGCACUUCCAAUCCCCUCUUUCCGAGUCUCCGCAUUCCCUAUCGCCCCUCUCCCUGUCCCACGUCCCCGUUCUCCCAGUCCCCGUUCUCCCAGUCCUCC